CGGGAGGAUGCGGCCGGUCCUCUCUGACCCCCGGGGGGAGCCGGGCACGCCCGCGGCUGCGGGAGUUGCGCUGCGGCCUCCCGGUGCUCCAGAGAAGCUCCAUCACUCGGGAGAUGCUCCGUCACUCCUGGGAUUCUUCAUCACUCGCAAGGGACUCCGUCCCUGGCGAGGCAGCGCUCCGUUAAUCGCGAGGUGUUGCAUCGCUGGUGAAACAAAGUUCCACCACCCGUGAGAUGCGCCGUCAGUCACAAGGGACUCGCAUCUCCCAUCAGCUGCUUCAUCACCCCAGCACCUGUGACACUCCACUCCCGGCUGACAUUCCCACCAUCCCCGUGGGGAAGGGACAAGGGGCUGCGUGGCCCUGCCGGGGCACAAAGUGCUCGAGGUGGAGGCGUGAGCACCUCCGGGGAUGCAGUUUGCGGAGCAGCUGGUGCCGACAGCUGGUGCUUCCCGGCCGCCCGCCGCGCCGGGGGCUGGCAGGGCCGGCUCAGCCACUGACGUACGUUCAGGACGAUCUGAGCCGUGACAAAGUUUUUCAUCCGGCUGCCUGUAGUUCCCUCUGCACCGCCCCUGCGGCUGCGGGCAGGGGAACGGGCCCCGCGGGUCCCCUGGGUGCCGUGGGAAGCGCGGGGCUCUGGGCUGUGCCGAGCAGAGUUGGACGCGCGGUCGGCACUGCCGGCACUGCCGGAGCGGCUCGGCCACGCUCGGCAUGGGGCUCCGGCUCCCCCUGCGCCGCAGCACCAGCUUCACCCCCGACCACCCUGCCCUCAUGGAGCUGCCUGGCCCCACUGCCCUGAAGAUGGAAGCAAACGUCCUUGUCAUGGGAGCGGACAACGUAGGGAAAUCAGCUCUGACUGUGCGUUUCCUGACCCGACGCUUUAUUGGAGAGUAUGGAGACAUGGAAUUCAUCUACAGCCACAACCUGACUGUGGAUGGCCGAGAGAUUCUCUUACACAUCUGGGACGUCCCCAGUUCCCAGGUGAGAGGGCUCCACUCCUGUCACCCGUUUCUACCCCAGGGACACAAACCCCCUUUGCUGGAAGUUACCUAUGGAGAACCACAGGAGCAGGCAGAAGAUAGUUCCUCAGAGGAGAAGCGAAUCCAGUGGGCAGACAGCUUUGUCCUGGUCUACAGUAUCUGUGACCGUGCCAGCUUCAACAUCCUGCCCCUCAAAAUCCAGGUCAUCAAGGCAGCCAAGGGGGGGCAGAGCCAGGAGAAGGUGCCCAUUGUCAUUGUGGGCAACAAACGGGACCUGCACCACCAGCGGGUGGUGUCCAGCGAGGAGGGGCGGCUCCUGGCCCUCUCUUUAGACUGUGGUUUCUAUGAGGUCUCUGCAGCUGACGCUUAUCACGGGGCCCUCAUGGUCUUCCAUGGACUGGCCAAGCUCAUCCCAGACACCAAGCUGGCCCUGAAGAAGGGCACAGGGUUCCGUGGCAUCGUCAAGACCAUGUCGGCCGUGUUUGCCCGUAAGCGAACAGACUCCCUCUGAGCUCCUGCAGGAUGCUGCUGCUCUCUGUGCUGCCCAGCUGGGCCAAGCCUCCUUGCUGGGUGCCCAUGGAGAUGGCGUGUGUCCUUCCAUAAGUGUGACGGGUUCCUUGCUGUCCUCCUAGUGCCAGGGUCUGGGUGUCCUGCCAUGCACAGCCAGUGCAGCCAAGGACUGUAGUGUGUUACUCUUGGCUCUGCCGUGGGACAGUCUCAUCUCUGCUGUACCAGCUCUUUAGGUGCCCCCUGCUUUCUCCUUUUAUCCUCCAACACUGGAAACCACGGGGGGGAUUUUGCCAAAGCUCCAGGCAGCAGUAUCCCUAGCUCCUGCAGCAGGAGCUGCCCAGGCUGUCAGCAAUUAGGGAGGAUAUCCUGCUCUUGUACAGCUGUCUCCAUUUCUGCUCUGGGAUUCUUAUUCCUGUUUAACCUUCAUCAGGAUCCUCAUCAGUAAUCCUGGAGCACCCAUGAGCUGGAGAGGUGGGGCUUUCUCUGCUGGGGAGGCACUGGUAGUUCACUUGUGUGUGAGAGUGUGCCAAAGCCCAGGGCACCGGCAAUCCUGGGGGAUUUGGUGAGGGCUGGUGCCUGGCACCCCCCUGCCGUGCUUUUGAGCAGCCCUGCUGGCGGCCCUCUCUCCCACAGCCUUUCA